AUGGCGUUUUCCCAGCUGGAGAUUGUUUCCUCUUCGCCUUUCGGUUGUGUCCUAAGGGAUCACAACCGUAAAGAACGAUGCAGAGACAACAAUGUGAAGAGUGUGUUCGACAAGAAUUUCAAUGACUUGGUUCGAGAUCACAUCAAUGGCUGCAUAUCUUUGUCUUCCCCUCAAGGUCCUCAAAAUCGCCACGUCCACAAAGCGAAAAACAACAACCCUCCUGCUUCGACGAUCCCCUCGAGGCCGCCUUCGGUUCUCGAUAGGUGGGUGACUUGGAAGUCCCAAGAUGUGGCGCUAUCCAACACCAACAGACAUGUAAAUGAAGCUGCGGAAACAUUCUUGGAUCCUUCACAAUCAUACUCGAACACUGCUUUACCAAAUACACCAAUGCCGUCGCCUUCGUGUAGCAGGACUUUAGGCGCUAGGGAAACCGAAAGAGUGAGAAUUGUGGAUAUCAUCAAGAAAUUGAAAAAUGGUGAACAUGAGCAUAGUAAUAAAGAGCAUAAGCAUUGUUCAACUUCGGAUCAAGCCGAACGGAGGUGUUUCUCGAUGGUCAGAAACACGCCCCUACUAAGAGGGCGACAAGCAGUCCAUGAUUUGCUCAAACAGAUAGAGCGAGAUAAGAAAAGGGAGUUGGAUUCACUGGUGCAACACCAUGCAGUUUCUAAAUUUUCACAACGUGGCCGUCUUCAGUUAAUGCUCCGACUUAGAAGUCUACAACGCUGCCGUACAAUUCAAGAUUCAUGUCGUCCACAAUUACCGGCGGGUCAGCUGAACCGACCCCCACAAGAGUCCAUGCAUCUCAGGGAGAAGUUUAGAGCUGGUGCUGAGAGUCUCAUGGCACAGAAGAAUGUUUUAGCUGCUUGGAGAUGCUUUCAAAAGGACAAAAACUCCACUGGAAAUCCCCAGGAAAGGGAAGAUACUCAUUUUCGAAAGGGGGACCGGAGUUCAUGGCCGGUUAAUCGUUUUUUAACGAAUAAAAAUGAAGAUAUUCAUGAACAGGCCAAGCCAUUUUCAGAUUCCAUACAACAGAAAACAAGCAUUGAGGCAAGAUGCUGUGAUUCACCAAAAAUUGCAAAGCCAAGGACACCCUUGAAGGGUAAAUCGAAGAAUGAGGUGUCUAUAAAGCAAGGAUCCAACAGCCAACAACAUCCCUUCCUUGGCUCACGAGAAACUGUAACAAGAAAUGAAGGUAGUCAUGAACAGGCCAAGCCAUUUUCAGAUUCCAUACAACUGAAAACAAGGCUUGAAGCAAGAUGCUGUGAAUCACCAAAAAUUGCAAAGCCAAGGACACCCUUGAAGGGUAAAUCAAAGAAUGAGGUGUACGUAAAGCAAGGGUCCAACAGCCAGCAACAUCUUUUCCUUGGCUCACAAGAAACUGUAACUCGAAAUGAAGAUAUUCAUGAACAGGGCAAGCCAUUUUCAGAUUCCAUACAACUGAAAACAUGGCUUGAAGCAAGAUGCUGUGAAUCACCAAAAAUUGCAAAGCCAAGGACACCCUUGAAGGGUAAAUUGAAGAAUGAGAUGUCCAUAAAGCAAGGGUUCAACAGUCAACAACAUCUCUUCCUUGGCUCACAAGAAACUGUAACUCGAAAUGAAGAUAUUCAUGAACAGGCCAAGUCAUUUUCAGAUUCCAUACAACAUAAAACAAGGCUUGAAGCAAGAUGCUCUGAAUCACCAAAAAUUGCAAAGCCAAGGACACCCUUGAAGCGUCAAUUGGAGAAUGAGGUGACCAUAAGGCAAGGGUCCAACAGCCAAGAACAUCUCUUCCUUGGCUCACAAGAAACUGCAGAAACUGCAACUCAAAAUGAGGUUGCAAAAUUAGACCAAGAAAAGGACCAGCACCAUUUUUGUCUUGAAUUGCAAGGAACCAUGGAAUCAUCAACAUCCUUGAAUUUUAGCGUAGAGAACGAGAUAGGUGAAGAAGAGGGCAAUUAUCAUCAUCAACAUCUCAAGCUACAGUCUCAGUCUCAGGAUACUGUAGAGAAUGAGAACAGUGAAGAAGAGUCGAAUGGUCAUCAUCAGCAUCUCGGGCCAGAGUCUCAGUCUCAGGAUACCGUAGAGAAUGAGAUUGGUGAAGAAGAGGGGGAUGGUCAUCAUCAGCAUCUCGGGCUAGAUUUUCAGUCUCAGGAUACUGUAGAGAAUGAGAUUGGUGAAGAAGAGGGCAAUGAUAAUAGGCAGCAUCCCGAGUUAGACUCUCAAUCUCAGGAUGCUUUAGAGAAGUCAACAACAUACUACAUUAAUGACAGCAACGAGAAUGAGGUACCAGAAGAGGAGGAUGAUCAGUACCAACAAUAUUUUGAAGAAAGUAAUGAGUAUGACUGGUUUAGUAAUAUAUCUCGGCCUAAAAGGUAUUGGGAAAGCAUAAGGAAAGCAUGGUACAACGAAGUGCUUAACACAGCCCCAAAAAAUGAAGAUAUACGUGAGCUAGUGCAAAGGGGAAGAGUGUCAACUUUACUCGUAAGUGAUUUCCGAGAGAGCAUGGACCAGUUAUUGACUUGCCGUGUACAAAUACAAGUAGAUUUAGCUGAAAGUCAUCAAGAUGUUGAGGAUAUGGAGGGAACAAUAUCCCGGGAAAGAGUUUCAAAUUUAAUUUGCAGUGAUUUUGUAGAGAGAAUGAAACGAUUAAUAACUUCUCGUGCACAAAGUCAAGCAGAUGGAGCUGAAAGUCAGCGAGAGGUUGAGGGUAAGAUAGAAACCAUCGAACCGAUGUGUUCCCUGCAGACAAAUUUGCAUCGAGAAGGCGAUCAGGGUGAAGAACAAGAAGAAGAAGAUGAUAACGACAACGACGAAGAAGAAAGGAGCUUAAGCAGCCAUGAAUGUCAGCAAGAAGUUGAGGGUAAGGAAGAAACCAUCCAACCAAUGUGUUGCCUGCAGACAAAUUUGCAUUCAGAAGGUGAUCAGGGUGAAGAAGAAGAAGAAGAAGAAGAAGAAGAAGAAAGGAGCUUAAGCAGCCAUGAAUGUCAGCAAGAGGUUGAGGGUAAGGAAGAAACCCUCCAACCAAUGUGUUGCCAGCAGACAAAUUUGCAUCCAGAAGGUGAUCAGGGUGCAGAAGAACAAGAAGAUGACGGCGACGACGAAUACGAAGGCGAAGAAGAAAGGAGCUUAAGCAGCCAUGAAUAUCAUGAAGCCAAUAACUACUGUGAUCAUUCCUCAUCGUCUUUUCAAAUGCCUUCACCGGAUGUUAUGGUGACUAGGUCAUGGAGUUCUCAAGAUGAUAACGAAACUGGGAAUGAUUACCAGCGCGGUGCGUCUGAAUUUUCACCUCCACCUCAACAGUCUCAAGCUCCAUGUUUUCAGGAUGCUAUACAGUCUUCUUCCACGAACCGUCCCUCACUCGAAAUGGAACUCAUAUAUGAUUUAAAAGGGGGUAUCGAGCAACUUCACCUUGAGAUGAGUGAGCUAAGAAAAUCAUUUCAGAGCUGCAUGGGCAUGCAGAUGAAAAUGCACCAAUACGCCUUCAAUCAGAAGGUUCAUUUGGUUGAAGAGGAAGUAAAAAAAUCAGCAGAUAAAUUAUCAUGGAAACGUACAUGUUGCAUUUGCUACGAAAAGCAGGUGGACUCAUUAUUGUACAGAUGUGGGCACAUGUGUACCUGUCUAAAAUGUGGGAAUGAAUUGCAAUGGAAAAGUGGACAGUGCCCAAUAUGCCAAGCUUCAAUACUGGAUGUUGUGCCAGUCAAGUAUUGA